AACAAAAAAUAAUGAAGUAAUAAUUAAUAAAGGGAAGGUCACGGAGACACGGAGUUCUUCAAUUAUCAUAAUUAUCAACAUUGCCUCCGAGCUUUCUCUACUCCGUUGGAGCGACUUUUGAGCUUUCACGACUCCAUUGAAGCGGCUUCUGAGCUUUCUAUAUUCCAUUGAAGUAGAUUUCAAGAUGUGUUCUUCACAACUUUAUACUCAAAGUCAGGUAAAUGCAAUUUAUCAACAUUGGCAAUCCAAUUUCACACAAGUUAGAAUUAGCGAGUCAGAGAGAGGACCGUACGAGCGGUGAAGAGGAAGGCGAGAGGGUGGUUGGAGAUUGGAGAGAGAGGGUAAAUCAUCUUCACCAGCUAAAUCUGGUCUUAUCAUGGCGAUGCGGGAUUUGGUUACAGGUGGUGCUUCUUGUAACGAUUCCGGCUCAUCCUCCUCUUCUAAUCCUCUGGGUUCUCUGGCCAACGCCCUUAUUGGCUCAUCCUCCAAAACCCAGGAAAGGUUGAAGGAGAUCCCUACGUCAACUUCCUCAGGUUCCAGCAAUCAAUUUUACUCGAAUUCUGAUGAGCAGUUGACAGCUCUUCCUGGUUCAGAGUCAGAAUAUCAUUUUAACCAACACUCAGCUGGCCAGGAUGUGGGCUUUCUUCACAACUAUCGUUCCGCUAGUCAUAGUGGAUUUACGGAAGCUUGGGAUGAUAUACAACCUGAGAGGGAAUCAAAUUUUCUUGAAUCACGGCACAUCUAUAAUGAAGGAUUUGCUACUCAAACUCAACAAUCUUGGGAUGGACCACCACAAAAAAUAUUGUCAGGUUUUCUGCAUUCCUUUGUUGAUAGUAGCCGUUUUGGUGCACCUUUUCGUCCCACUGCACUACCUAUGUUGGGGUUGACCAAAGGGGAAAAACAAUGUAUUCGUAAUCGCAGCAGCAUAAUGGCUCGACAUUUUUUUGCCGACAAGAGUGAGGAAUACAUUAAUGCGCAGGUGGAUGCAUUACUAUGUUCUCUGGAUAUUGACAAUGAUAUUCAAUUAAAGGGACCUCUGCCUGGUAGGGUAAGGGAGCUGGAAGAGUACUGGAAUGAGUCACAAGGGGUUCGUGCUCCUGUUGCUGAUGGCUGGGUUGCCGAAUAUAGGCAGAACAAGCCGGAACUUUUCAAUCCAAAUGGUUGGGCCAAUUUAUUUGAGCAGGAACACGGUCCUAAUGGUUGGGCCUCAGAGUUUGAGCAUGAUCAAGCUCAGGCUGUAUCUCUAAAUCAAUCAAAUCAACAUAUGUCAAGGCUAGCUGGAAUGGAGCAAACCCGUAUUCUUGCACACACAUUAGCCCAAAACAACGAUCCCAAGUUUCAGAACUCAAGAUUUCUUCAAUUCGUAUCAAAGAUGAGUCGUGGUGAACUUUUUGUUGAAGGAAAUCAAGUCAAGGAGAGUUCAAUAUCUGCGUCUGGGGACUGGGGAGCAGAAUACCAACAACAUCAUGAUGGGGGUCUUUCAUGGGCUGACCAGUUUUCUAAAGAGCUCCCUCGUGGUGAAGACAAAUGGGUUAAUGAAUUUACUAGCGCAAGAGAAAAGGAAUUGUUGGGGGAUGACAAGUGGGUAGAUGAGUUCUCCAAGUUAAACGUCCAAGACUGGGUAGGAGAAUUUGAGCAUCAAACUGAAGGUGCAGUUGGUGAGGAUAUUAUGGACAGCUGGGCUAGUGCUUAUGAUGAGUAUCUCAAUGAACAGUCUGUUGCCAAGCAUAAUUCAGAUUCCUCAAAGGGUGUCUAUGUAUUUUCUGACAUGAACCCCUAUGUUGGUCACCCUGAUCCUCUAAAAGAAGGGCAAGAGCUGUUUAGAAAGGGGCUAUUAAGUGAAUCUGUGCUUGCUUUAGAGGCUGAAGUCUUGAAGAAUCCUGGCAAUGCUGAAGGCUGGAGGUUAUUAGGAAUAGCUCAUGCAGAAAACGAUGAUGAUCAACAGGCUAUAGCAUCGAUGAUGAGGGCUCAAGAAGUUGACCCCACAAACCUAGAAGUUCUUCUUGCUCUUGGAGUGAGUCAUACAAAUGAAUUGGAGCAAUCUGCUGCACUGAAAUAUCUGUACCAGUGGCUUCGCAAUCACCCAAAAUAUGGGACACUUUCACCUGAAGAGCUGCCUGAUUCUCUUUAUUAUGCUGAUAUUGCAAGGAUUUUCAAUGAGGCUGCUCAGAUAUCACCUGAGGAUGCUGAUGUCCAUAUUGUAUUGGGUGUACUUUAUAACUUAUCCAGGGAAUAUGACAAAGCCAUUGAUUCAUUUAAGACAGCCAUAAAACUAAAACCACAUGACUACUCCCUUUGGAAUAAGCUGGGUGCCACACAAGCUAAUAGUGUUCAGAGUGCAGAAGCAAUAGAUGCUUAUCAGCAGGCCCUAGAUCUGAAGCCCAAUUACGUUCGUGCAUGGGCAAAUAUGGGUAUCAGCUAUGCCAACCAGGGCAUGUACGAGGAAUCUAUCCGUUACUAUGUUCGUGCGCUUGCAAUGAAUCCAAAGGCAGAUAAUGCGUGGCAGUAUCUGAGGAUUUCUUUGAGUUGUGCUUCAAGAAAUGACAUGUUGGAAGCAUGUGAUUCUCGUAAUAUUGAUGUCCUUCAGAAAGAAUUUCCGCUUUGAAUGUCUUUAUACCCUGUGAACAUUAUGAUAUGAUCUGGACAUAAAACAUUGAUGUAAAUUCAUAGCGCUCUAUUAUUGAUUACAUUUUUUAGAUUUUGUAGCUGGGCAGCAUUUCUCUAACAAUGUUGACAGUUGCCUGUAAAAGCUUUGAAGACACGGCUGAAAUAGUUGAUUAUCCUUUGAGAAGAUUCUCCGAGAGCUAA